CCGGAUUCCGUGAGGCUCCACACGAGGCUGCGACUGCCAUCACAGGCACAUCCCACCUUCCGCUCCACGGCCAAGGUGACGACGUUUCAACUCCACGUGCGUGCACAAACUUCGCUUCCUCACCCUUUAUCGCUGUUUGCAACACGAUCCUGGAGCCGCCGCCGACCUCAGCCGUCACACUCCCGCCCCCGAACCUGCAACUACAAAGCCACUCUGCAAACUUCUCGCUCUUGAACCUUCAUUCAUCAUUCGGCACCGCCGCCAUGCCUGCCUUUGACGAAACUCCCUCGCCAAAGGGGCGCCUGCUUCUCGUCUCCAACCGCCUUCCCAUCACCAUCAAGCGGUCCGAUGACGCUCACUACGACUUUUCCAUGUCUUCAGGCGGUCUGGUAGCUGGGCUAUCGGGUCUUGCCAAGACUACCAAGUUCCAGUGGUAUGGCUGGCCGGGGGUGCAGGUUCCCGAAAAUGAGGUCGACCAUGUCAAGGGUCGUCUCUUCGACGAGUACAGCGCUGUUCCAAUCUUCAUGGAGGAUGAGCUUUCCGACCGCCACUACAACGGCUUCUCAAAUUCCAUCCUCUGGCCUCUCUUCCAUUACCAUCCUGGGGAGAUUACUUUCGACGAGUCUGCUUGGGAUGGCUACGUCGAGGCAAACCGACUCUUCGCCAAGGAGAUUGCCAAAGACGUCCAAGACAACGAUCUGAUCUGGGUUCACGAUUACCACCUGAUGCUUCUGCCGGCCAUGCUCCGCGAAGAGAUCAACGCCCAAGGCGAGAACAAGAAGAAGAAUGUCAAGUUCGGCUUCUUCUUGCAUACACCUUUUCCCUCCUCCGAAAUCUACCGAAUUUUGCCCGUCCGCAACGAGAUUCUUCAGGGCGUCCUUCACUGCGAUCUCAUCGGCUUUCACACCUACGACUACGCACGCCACUUCUUGUCAUCUUGCGCACGCAUUCUUGGUCUCGCCACCACACCAAAUGGCGUCGAGUUCCAGGGCAAGCUCAUCACCGUUGGCGCAUUCCCCAUCGGUAUUGACCCAGAGAAAUUUGUCCAAGGUCUGCAGAAAGAUACCGUCAUCAACCGCAUCGAGACUCUCAAGAAGAAGUUCGAUGGCGUCAAGAUUAUUGUUGGCGUGGAUCGUCUCGACUACAUCAAGGGCGUGCCACAGAAAUUGCACGCACUCGAAGUCUUCCUUACUGAGCAUCCAGAAUGGAUCGGCAAGGUGGUGCUUGUACAAGUAGCGGUCCCGUCAAGACAGGACGUUGAGGAGUACCAGAACCUGCGAGCUGUCGUCAAUGAGCUGGUCGGCCGCAUCAAUGGCAAGUUCGGCACCAUCGAGUUCAUGCCAAUUCACUUUAUGCACAAAUCCGUCAGCUUCGAUGAGUUGACGGCUCUCUACUCCAUCUCCGACGUCUGUCUGGUCAGCUCAACUCGCGACGGUAUGAAUCUCGUUUCCUACGAGUACAUCGCGUGCCAAGAAGAACGACACGGCGCUCUGAUCCUGUCCGAAUUUACUGGCGCGGCACAGUCUCUGAACGGCGCUCUCGUUGUCAACCCGUGGAACACAGAAGAACUUGCAGACGCGAUCCACGAUGCAGUUACCAUGGGCGAAGAACAGCGAGCCACCAAUUACCAGAAGCUAGCCAAAUACGUCAACAAGUACACUUCUGCCUGGUGGGGCGAGAGCUUCGUGUCAGAACUCACUCGGAUCAGUGAGCAAGCAGAGAAGAAGUUGAAAGUCCGCCGACAGAGCCUGAUGGACCCAGCCGGAACAGCCAACGAAACAGACCUGCCUGGAGACCGGAGAGAUUCCAGUCGACCUCAAUCCGCAGCCGCCAAUGGUGAUGACCACAAGGCGGCGUCGGAGCAGCAGAGCGAACUGGAUAAGUAAGAACCAUCCUCAAAUUCCUGGCGGCUAGCGAUACUCGGGGUGGAGUGAUAUCAUAACGAAUGACUGACCUUUCUUUCUUGAAUAGGGAAGAAGAUGGGGAUGAAGAGGGACUCGUCAUGCCGGUGCGCUCUCGAAGCAAUACGCUCCCCAGACUUCAGUGAUUGGAGGAUGGAUAGAGAGAGACCGAUCGGGCCAUUUGCAUUGUCAAGAUACCAUAGAAGCGAUUGAGCAUUGGGACCACAUUCACGUCCCUUAUGCAGCGGGGCAUGUGUACCAGAUAGGGGAACACUGCGUCAACAAUAUAUAGAAGACCAGCUCAUCACGAGCUUCAAGGAUGAGGUGUACUCUCA